ACGUGGAACUCUGUUCACCAAAUACAAAGGCAGUGACUUGUGACUUGUGAGCAUUUCUGCAAGAGAAGGCAUCUAGUUUAGUAACUAGCUCAGUACAAUUAAUUAUACAGAAGUAGAUAACAAACAAAACAUGGGUGUUCUCAAGGACGCCAUGGGAGACGCAAUUCUGACCUCUAUGUGGAUCGUCAGCAUACCCCUCACAAGGAUUUUGAUCUCCAUCUUCAUUUCCUAUGUGGGUAUUCAACCAAAGUCUCUCUCAGGACUUUUCACAUCAACCAUUGCUACAUCUCUUCGUCUCCUAACCUUCAACUUGUUCUCAAGAGCCUUAGGUGGAGCAAACUUUAACCCUUCUACGGCAACCGCUUUCUACGCUGCUGGCCUUAAAUCCGAUGCCUCUCUCAUCUCCAUGGCUACCCGAUUCCCAGCUCAGGCUACCGGCGGAGUGGUCGGUGUCAAGGCACUUCUGAAAUUCAUGCCAAAAGAGUACAAAGGUUUUCUCAGAGGCCCUUCUCUGAAAGUUGAUUUGCACACAGGGGCCGCAGCCGAAGGGGUCUUGACUUUUAUGUUUUGCUUUUCAGUCCUUAUGGUGGUGGUGAGAGGUCCCAAAAGUCCAUUUUUGAAAGUAUGGUUGCUUUCGUAUGUGACUACUGGAUUGUACUUUUUGAGGUCUGGGUAUACUGGGCCUUCUAUGAAUCCGGCUAAUGCAUUUGGCUGGGCUUAUGAAAAUGACUUGCAUAAUAGUUGGGAACAGUUCUAUGUUUAUUGGGCUUGCCCCAUUAUUGGAGCCAUUGUUGCGGCCUGUCUUUUUCGGGCCUUGUCUCCGAAACCAGUGAUUAAGAUCACUAAGAAGAAGAAAGAGUAGAAAGAGGUAGUUGAAUGUGACUUCAUGAAUUUAUAAGUGUAUAGAUUAUGUAGGGAUCAAAAUAUGCUGUAAUAAAUGCUUGGUGAAGUGUGAUUACUCAGAUUUAAUAUUGUAAUA